CACCGGUGGCGGCGCUGCUGCCGUGUCCUCAGCUGCCUCCCACUGGUGGCGGCGCUGCCGGGCAGACCUCGCCCCCUUCUACCUCCCCGCGGUGCGUUGUGGGGCGGGUCGCGGUGCCCGGAUGUGCUGAUUGUGAGCUCGCUCCGUGUCGUAAUCGUUAGCCGGGGGGGAGGGGGAGGUGGUUAUCGCCGCGCGUUGCCAUCGUUGUCGUGAUGGAAACACUUGGGAAAUAAAUCAAGCAAGAAGCUGGAGCUAGAUCACAGAGAUGAAGAAGAUUCAAUUCACAGCAAAAAAUGAAUAAUGACCAUAGUUGACAAAGUGACAGAGGCCUCGAACACUGCAGCUUGCAAGAACCAAACCUGCAGCUCUGUGGCACCUUUCUCUGAAAUUGUUAAAAAGAAGAACAUGGAGUCAGGGGCAACAAGUUGGGGUGCUACAUCCCCUAUUACAGAGGUACCAAAAAGCAAAAUCUUAGGACCUAUGCCUGGAGCUGCCCUGUUCACUAAUGCACUGCAAGAGAAGUCAAAGCAACUACAAAAAGAUCAAAGUGUACUUGGCAGUGGUGAUGGAAUAGCGCCUCCACAGAAAAUACUGUUCCCUGCAGAAAAAAUCUCCCUGAAAUGGCAACAACUGCACAAAAUAGGAGCUGGCCUCCAAAAUCUGGGCAACACCUGCUUCUUAAACUCUGCACUGCAGUGUUUGACUUACACGCCACCUCUUGCAAACUACAUGCUUUCCCGGGAGCAUUCUAGAACAUGUAUGUACAUGAGAAUCUUUCUGUAUUGAGUUUGAUUGCUGCUUCACCUUUUGUCUCCCCAUAUCAUAUAUUAUAUCCAUUUAAAAUAUUUGGAAAACACUCAUUUUACUGCUCCAGUUCUUUGAUGCGCCACAUUGUUGCUGCUGAUCAUGUCAUUCCCGUCUCUAUAUUGGCAGCAAGUGCACCCCAUUCAGGGCUGUAAUAAUAGCUUUUACAAAAUAUUAUCAUGAUGUGGGGAGACAAAAGGUGAAGGAGGGGGUGAGUUACCAAUUUCC